AUGCUGGAACAAAAAAAUAACUCUGAUCAAGUGUUAAAUACUGUAAGAUCGAUUGUUUACCAUUUAAAUUAUGUCAACUGGGUUAAGAUGACACAAAAAAUGAUGGCUUUGCCAAUAAAUAAUGUUAAACUACUCGAUGACAUAACAAAUAUAAUAUUUGAUCGAGCUUUAAAAAGACAAAAUUAUACACACAUAUACGCUCAGAUGUGUACACGUUUGAUCAAUGACUCCAAGUUUAAUAAUCUUAUUGCUACCGGUACAGAAAUAACAUUUCAAAAAGUGUUAUUAAAAAAAUGUCACGAUGUUUUUUAUUCAAACUAUCAAGAAGAAUUGAAUAAAUUAAAAGAUACAAUGAAAAAUGAUAAUAUGGUACCGAAGAAGUGUUUAUCCGGCGUUUUAAAUAAUUUUCUAUUCAAUUUCCAGAAAAGAUCCAUAUGCAAUUGCAGAUUUAUUGGCGAACUGUUUAAAAACGGCGCGUUCCCAGAAAAGUAUAUACUCAAGUGCAUUGGAGAUUUAGGUAAAGAGAAAAAUGACAACAACUAUGAACUACAAAUGCACUGUUUGUGUAUAAUAUUACAAUCAGUUGGGCUAAUAUUAUCAAAAACGUCAUAUGAUUUGAACAAAAAUAUCAAUAAACUUGUAUCGUCUAUGGAAAACCAUGGGAUGUCAUCGACAUUAAAAUGUUUGAUAAAGAAACUAAAAAUAAUGAAUUCCAAGGGUUGGAUGGAUGAGGGUAAUUGUUUUUAG